GCGAUUCCUUCACAAACUCGGUGACUUUUCAAACCGGCGAAUGCCCUAAAACCUCACAGCUCUCUCUCUCUCUCCUCUCUUUUUGCCGCCAAUCUCAAAACCCUCACUCUCGCAUCAUUUCAGCAGAUUUCCAUAAACCAGAAUCGAGAACCAAUGUCUCGCAUCUGCGUCAAGAAUAUACCGAAAUACAUUGCCGAAGAUCGCCUCAGAGACUUCUUUUCUCAGAAAGGCGAAGUCACCGAUGCCAAAAUCAUGCGUACUGCUGAUGGUAAGAGUCGACAAUUUGCAUUCAUUGGUUUUCGUACCGAGGGAGAGGCUGAUGAGGCGAUCAAGUUCUUCAACAACUCGUACUUGGAUACCUCCCGAAUCAUGUGUGAGGUUGCUCGUAAAGUUGGGGAUCCAAACAUUCCACGUCCAUGGAGCCGCCAUUCUGUGAAGAAAGAGGACUCGUUGAUGGACAAUAACAGGAAAAGUGCGGGUGUUAAAGGUUUAAGUCUUCCAGAUUCUAAAAAAGCAAAUGACAAGUCAAAAAAUUCCAAACAAGGCCAUAAGAACGAUGAUCUUCAGCUUCAAGAAUUUCUUCAAGUUAUGCAGCCGCGAAGCAAGUCAAAGUUGUGGUCGAAUGAUACAGUACCUCCCCUUGUCCAAAAUGGUAAAAUUGAUGGGAAAGAAACUCAGGCACAGAAGCGAAAUAAAACACAGUCGUCUCACACAAUCAGUGAAAAGGAAAAUGAAGUGGACCCUGGAAGUUCAUCAACUCCUUUGCAAAACAGGUCACGUGAAGCUUCUUCAAUGAAGCUCUUGCAGGGUGCAACUCGUGAUAAGGUCAUCUCGGACAUGGAUUAUUUCAAGAGUAGAAUCACGAAGGAGUGGUCAGAUUCAGAAACAGAUGAUGGUGAUUCAUCCAAUGCAAGCCAAAGUGAUGAAGAGGGUAAUGAGGUUGAUGCAGAGGAAGCCCAUGCUGUGCAUACAGGUGAUCAGCAAGACAAAAUUGAAGGGGGGAGCCCUCCUGAAGAUCCUGACACUGAAACGAUUGACAGUGAAAAUCCAUCUCUGGCUUUAGAGUCUGGCCGUCUCUUUGUCAGAAAUCUUCCUUACACAGCAGAUGAGGAUGACUUGAUGGAGCUCUUUGACAAAUUUGGGGAUGUUGCCGAAGUCCAUGUUGUAGUUGAUAAAGAUACAAAACGAUCCAAAGGAAUUGGAUAUGUUCUUUACACACUUCCAGAAUCUGCAGUUAGGGCGCUAGAAGAAUUGGACAGUUCAAUUUUCCAAGGCAGAUUGUUACAUGUUAUGCCUGCAAAACAACAAAAGCCUUCCUCGGAUAAACUAGAGUCUAAUAUUGCUGCUGACGGAAUUGCAAAAAGUUUUAAGCAACAAAGGGAGGAACAGAAGAAGGCAUCUGAAGCUAGUGGCAAUACUCAAGCAUGGAACAGUUUAUUCAUGCGCUCUGACACUGUUGUUGAAAACAUUGCUCGAAAGUAUGGGGUUAGUAAAAGCGAUUUACUAGACCGAGAAGCGGAUGAUCUUGCUGUUCGUAUGGCUUUGGGUGAAACACAUGUGGUAGGGGAGACAAAGAAAGCUCUAGUAAAUGCUGGAGUCGACAUAGAUGCUUUAGAGGAAUUUGCUUCUGGUAAAACUGAGAAAGUUAAAAGGAGCAACCACGUGGUCUUGGUGAAGAACUUGCCUUAUGGUUCUUCUGAAGGAGAUCUUGCUAAGAUGUUUGGAAAAUUUGGAAGUUUGGACAAAAUUAUUCUCCCCCCGACGAAAACUUUGGCCUUGGUUAUUUUCCUUGAAGCAGCUGAAGCUCGUGCAGCUUUCAAGGGCUUAGCAUAUAAGCGUUACAAAGAUGGUCCAUUGUAUUUAGAAUGGGCUCCUAGCAAUAUUCUCAGUCCGAGUUCAAAAUCUGAGACUGGUGGACAGAAGGAUGUCAUUGGUGAAAAAGAUGUGAAGAGAGUAUUACUAGAGCAACAGGUUGAAGAAAUAUCAGAAGAGGAUACAGAUCCUGAUAGGGUUGAGUCACGAUCAGUAUUUGUUAAGAACCUCAAUUUCAAGACAACUGAAGAGGGUUUGAGAAAGCAUUUUAGUGAAAAUAUAAAGGAUGGAAAGAUCCAUAGUGUCAAGGUAAAGAAACACUUGAAAAAUGGGAAGAAUGUCUCCAUGGGUUUUGGCUUCAUAGAGUUUGAUUCUGUGGAGACAGCAGCAAAUGUAUGCAGGGAUCUACAGGGAACUAUUUUGGAAGGCCACGCUCUUAUUUUGCAACUAUGUCAUGCCAAAAAGGAUGGAGGGGUUUUGAAGAAAGUUGAUAAGGAUGGGAGUUCAACAAAAAUAAUUGUGAGAAAUGUUGCUUUUGAAGCAACACAGAAAGAUCUAAGGCAGCUUUUUAGUCCAUUUGGUCAGAUCAAGAGCUUAAGGCUGCCAAUGAAGUUUGGGGGACACAGAGGUUUUGCAUUUGUUGAGUAUGUUACGAAGCAGGAGGCGCAGAAUGCAAUGCGAGCUCUCUCCAGCACCCAUUUGUACGGUCGGCAUCUGGUCCUGGAGCGAGCAAAGGAGGGGGAGAGCUUGGAAGAAUUAAGGGCACGGACGGCGGCUCAGUUCACCGAUGAGCAGAAUGGAUAUCAGAACAUGUCGAAGCUGUCCAAGAAAAGGAAACACCUGUCUGUUGUUGAUGAAGGCAAUGUUAAGUUUGAAAGGAUUACAGGUUUUUAAUGCCUGUAACUAUAAUUUCUGCAUUUGUUUUGCAGAGGAUAAAUAUUCUUUUUUUCUUUUUGGUUUUUCUGUUGCUUGCCUCUAUGAAAUAUAAUUAUCUUA